CAAUAAUUAUCAAAUCAAACUCAACAAACCCGCGAUUGCCCUCCACGCUCCAUCUCACCUACACCGGUUGCCACGUCACAUUUCCCCCAUUCAAUUCAAUAUUUCAGUUACAUUUCCUCUUUCGGCACCGAUCCUCCGGUUCAACCCCCAAAAUCAGUCACAUAUGUUCAUCAAUCACUAAUCAGAUCAUCAUCAUUAUUACUGUUCUUAUUAUGGACUAUGAAAAUUACUUCCACAAUAUAAUAACUUUCAUCACCAAACCAGCGGUUAUGGAAACAUUUGUCGACAUUUUCUUCUGUGCGGUACCGAUUUGGGCCGCGGUCAUGAUCGGAGUGUUAAUCGGGUGGGCCUGGACGCCACGGUGGACCAGUUUGGUGUUUCUAGGGUUCCGGUCGAAGCUCCGAGGGUUCGCGAUGACGGUUCCGCCGGGGUUCGGUGCUCGGCGGCUCUGGCUAGCGUUUACGGCUCUGUCGGCGUUUUCUGUUGGCCGCCGGAUGUGGUCGAACUUCCGGGAGAAGGAGCGGAAGGAUGAGGUGGCGACGCCGCGUGCGGUGGCUGGAGGAGAGGCGGUUUUGGAUGGUUAUGGUGAUGGAUGUGACGUUGACGUUAAGUGCAGUAAUGUAAGUUCAGGGGGGACCCACGAUGUUGUCACCGAGAAGGACCUAGAGUAUCUGUUGCAUCUUCUAGAUGGUAAGGAUGCUGUUUGGCAAAGUAUGAUUGAACGUUCUACUUCCAACAUGGCUUGUCAAGCUUGGCGUUAUGAGCCUGAGAGUGGACCGGUCGUGUACCGUAGCAGAACCGUGUUUGAAGAUGCAACACCGGAGCUGGUUAGAGAUUUCUUUUGGGAUGAUGAAUUUCGACCCAAAUGGGACCCGAUGCUGACAUAUGUAAAGAUUCUGGAAGAGUGUCCUCGUACUGGGACCAUGAUUGUCAACUGGGUUAAAAAGUUCCCGUUUUUCUGCAGUGAUAGAGAAUACGUCAUUGGUCGUAGGAUAUGGGAAGCUGGGACUGGGAAGACUUACUACUGUGUUACUAAGGGAGUGCAAUAUCCAGGUGUGCGGCGACGUGACAAGCCAAGGCGCGUGGACCGUUACUUCUCGAGUUGGGUAAUCAGGCCUGUGCAAUCCCGAAAAGGAGAUGGAGUAUUAUCGUCAUGUGAAGUAAUACUGUUACAUAGCGAAGACAUGGGGAUUCCAAGAGACGUGGCUAAGCUAGGUGUCCGUCAUGGAAUGUGGGGAACCGUGAAGAAGCUACACGGCGGCUUCCGAGCUUAUCAAAGUGCACGAAAACAAGACAUGACACUCUCAAGAUGUGCACUCAUGGCGACAAUCACCACUAAGAUCUCCUUUGAUGAGUCAGUGUCAGGAGACCAAAAGAAGGAAGAUGUUACUAUUGCCGCUAGAGGCGGCAAUGUUGGCGGUGGAGUGGACUGGAGAUGGGUGGCGAUUGGCGGGGCAGUGGCGGUGGUUUUCGGAGUUCGUACGGGGACCCUAGGGAAAGUAUUGUUGGCUGGGGCUGGUCAAAGAUUUGGUCGAAGAAGAUGAGAUGCAUGUUAGUUGUUUUGUGGAUGAAGGAUGAUAGAGGUUUAUAACGAGUAUAAUAACGAGACGGAUAGUUGGGUUAAUGGUUUGGAUUUUGUAUACAUACAUAUAUAUAAAUUUAAUGUUUUUAUAUAUGGAUUUUACAAAUCA